GGGAAUCCGAAAUAUUGUAAAUAUAAAAAAAAACAAAGAUUUGUCAUCGCACUUUGACGUAAACGUGAAUUUCGAGUGGGCUACUAAUUUUUAACGAAAAAUGGCUACAGAAGUAGAGGAAACCAUCAAGCGGAUUCAGGCCCAUAAAGGGGUAAUGGGAGUGAUCAUUGUGAACCACGAAGGCAUUCCGAUCAAAAGUUCUUUGGAUAAUGCUACUUCAGUGCUGUAUUCUGGUCUUAUUGGACAGCUGACAGAGAAAGCUAAGAAUGUUGUCAGGGAGAUGGAUUCCUCCAAUGACUUGACAUUCCUGCGUGUGAGGAGUAAACGCCAUGAGAUUCUGAUUGCUCCGGACCGUGAAUUCAUACUCAUUGUCAUACAAAACACAUCGGACUAAUCUAAUCACUAGUUGUAAGAGUAAUUUUUUCUGGAACUGGUCUCUAUGUAGCAGUAAACGGCAUAAAUGCAUAGUCAAUAUCAUGUCUAAAUAUCAUAAAAAUUCGACAGAAUUAGGAGCUCUAAUGCCUAUGUAUAUAGGAAGAGUUCAUAUUGCUUUGAAUAAUUUUAUAGAUUAGAGACCAGCACAUUUCAAUCAUAAUUUGCAACCCAGACUUGCUCGUAAAAGUCAACAAACUGAUAAAUUCCAAUUACUUUUCUCAUAACUGUGGCAAUCAUAACUCAUAUUAUAUUAAGCUAAGUAUGUAGAUUUUAAGUUUAACGAAAUUAUUUUUAUUUAUUUACAGUUAGAUACUUAUUGAAGUUAUCUUUUCAAUAGCGCAACUAGAUUUUUUUUUUACUAUAACAUUGAAACUUAGCAUUUUUUAAGUAAUUAUAUCCCAGAUCUAUAGUAGUAGAACUUCAAUGGUUCAUGGAAAAUAAAUUUUUAUAAUAAUUUAUGUAAUGCGUGAGAAGUUAAGCCAUAUCUGGACGCGCCUACUGAUCACAAACAUUGUAGUGGCUUUUGAAGUUGUUUGAGCAAGCCACUAACGUUAUAACAAGUGUAUUAUUAUAUAAAAUCUUAAUAAAUGCACUUUUAUAUGCAA